AUGGCCAACUCUUGCUGCUCCCCUUGCUGUAAGCUUACUUGCUGCAGGACCAGUUGCUGCAGACCAACCUGUGUGGCCAGCUGCAAUCCAUCCUGCUACCAGCCCAGCUGCUGUAAAACCACUUGCUGUAGGACCACCUACUGUAAGCCAACUCUUGUGACCAGCUGCUGCAGCACACCCUGUUGUCAGCCCAGCAGUUGUAAAACCACCUGCUGUAGGACCAUCUGCUGUAAGCCAACCUGUGUGACCAAGUGCUGCCAACCCAGCUGCUGCCAGCCCAGCUGCUGUGAAACCACCUGCUACAGGACCACCUGCUGUAAGCCAACCUGUGUGACCAGCUGCUACAGCCCACUCUGCUGUGAAACCACCUGUUGCAAACCAGCCUGCGUGACCAACUGCUGUAGCAUACCCUGUUGCCAGCCUUGCUGUGAAACCACCUGCUGUAAGACCACCUGCUGUAGCAGUACACCCUGUUGCCAGCCUAGCUGCUGUGAAACCACCUGUUGUAAGACCACCUGCUGUAAGCCAACCUGUGUGACCAGCUGCUGCAGCCCAAUCUGCUGUGAAACCACCUGCUACAAACCAGCCUGUGUGACCAGCUGCUGCAGCCCACCCUGUUGCCAACCUAGCUGCUGUGAAACCACCUGCUGUAAGACCACCUGCUGUAAGCCAACCUGUGUGGCCGGCUGCUGCAGCCCAAUCUGCUGUGAAACCACCUGCUACAAACCAGCCUGUGUGACCAGCUGCUGCAGCCCACCCUGUUGCCAGCCUAGCUGCUGUGAAACCACCUGCUGUAAGACCACCUGCUGUAAGCCAACCUGUGUGGCCAGCUGCUGCAGUACACCCUGUUGCCAGCCUAGCUGCUGUGAAACCACCUGUUGUAAGACCACCUGCUGUAAGCCAACCUGUGUGACCAGCUGCUGCAGCCCAAUCUGCUGUGAAACCACCUGCUGCAAACCAGCCUGUGUGACCAACUGCUGCAGCACACCCUGUUGCCAGCCUAGCUGCUGUGAAACCACCUGCUGUAAGACCACCUGCUGUAAGCCAACCUGUGUGGCCAGCUGCUGCAGUACACCCUGUUGCCAGCCUAGCUGCUGUGAAACCACCUGUUGUAAGACCACCUGCUGUAAGCCAACCUGUGUGACCAGCUGCUGCAGCCCAAUCUGCUGUGAAACCACCUGCUGCAAGCCAGCCUGCGUGACCAACUGCUGUAGCACACCCUGUUGCCAGCCUAGUUGCUGUGAAACCACCUGCUGUAAGACCACAUGCUGUAAGCCAACCUGUGUGACCAGCUGCUGCAGCCCACCCUGUUGCCAAUCCAGCUGCUGUAAAACCACCUGUUGUAAGACCACCUGCUGUAAGCCAACCUGUGUGACCAGCUGCUACAGCCCAAUCUGCUGUGAAACCACCUGCUACAAACCAGUCUGUGUGACCAACUGCUGCAGCACACCCUGUUGCCAACCUAGCUGCUGUGAAACCACCUGCUACAGGACCACCUGCUGUAAGCCAACCUGUGUGACCAGCUGCUGCAGCCCAAUCUGCUGUGAAACCACCUGCUACAAACCAGCCUGUGUGACCAACUGCUGCAGUACACCCUGCUGCCAGCCUAGCUGCUGUGAAACCACCUGUUGUAAGACCACCUGCUGUAAGCCAACCUGUGUGACCAGCUGCUGCAGCCCACUCUGCUGUAAAACCACCUGCUGUAAGCCAACCUGUGUGACCAGCUGGUGCAGCCCACCCUGUUGCCAGCCUAGCUGCUGUGAAACCACCUGCUGUAAGACCACCUGCUGUAAACCAACCUGUGUGACCAGCUGCUGCAGCCCAAUCUGCUGUGAAACCACCUGCUACAAACCAGCCUGUGUGACUAACUGCUGCAGCCCACCUUGCUGCCAGCCUAGCUGCUGUGAAACCACCUGUUGUAAGACCACCUGCUGUAAGCCAACCUGUGUGACCAGCUGCUGCCAGCCCAGCUGCUGUGAAACCACCUGCUACAAACCAGCUUGUGUGACCAGCUGCUGCAGCACACCCUGUUGCCAGCCUAGCUGCUGUGAAACCACCUGCUGUGAACCAGCCUGUGUGACCAGCUGCUGCAGUACACCCUGUUGCCAGCCUAGCUGCUGUGAAACCACCUGCUGUGAACCAGUCUGUGUGACCAGCUGCUGCCAGCCCAGCUGCUGUGAAACCACCUGCUACAAGACCACCUGCUGUAAGCCAACCUGUGUGACCAGCUGCUGCAGCCCACCCUGUUGCCAGCCCAGCUGCUGUGAAACCACCUGCUGUGAACCAGCCUGUGUGACCAGCUGCUGCAGCCCACCCUGUUGCCAGUCCUGCUGCUGUGAAUCCAGCUACUGCCAGCCUAGCUGCUGCCCAACCUGCUGUGAAACCACCUGCUGCUAA